UUUUGUUUCCACCCGGAGUCCUAAGAAGUAGGCACCUCCAGCGUGUUGUGUACAGUGCAAAUGUCCACGCUGAAGUAUCUGAUAGUGGUAACUUAAAAUUUUGUGCGAAGUACGUCCAUGAAACAUGUUAACGAUCUAACCGGAAGAAUCCUCUUCAGCAGACAUUUCAAAGUGCGUGACUAACGGAUAUUUUUAAUUUCUGAGGAGGAUAAAAAAAACAAGCCAUUUUUCUGACUUUACCAGCCAUCCACCAUGAAGAUCAAGCGGCAGAAACAAGCCAAGAAAACCCUAAGUUUCUACAAGUAUAACUUCAACUUCAGGGAACCCUUUCAGAUCCUCAUCGAUGGUACUUUUUGUCAGGCGGCUUUGAAAAACAAGAUUCAGAUCAAAGAGCAAAUGCCCAAAUACCUGAUGGGUGAGGUGCAGCUGUGCACCACAAACUGCGCACUGAAAGAACUGGAGACUCUGGGGAAAGAGCUGUAUGGAGCCAAAAUCAUCCUGCAGAGGUUUCAGGUGAGGAAAUGUCCUCAUUUUAAGAGCCCUGUCCCCGCUUCCGAGUGUCUGCUGUCCAUGCUGGAGGAGACCAACCCACACCACUACUUUGUCGCCACACAGGACCCCACAGUGACUGCAGGCCUGAAGAAGAUCCCAGGCGUUCCUCUGCUCUACAUCAUCCUCAACACCAUCGUGCUGGACAAGCCCUGCCAGACGUCCCUCGACCACGUCCAGGCGGUCCAGCUGGGAGAGCUGGUCAGCCCGGCCCAGCAGCAGAGCAUCCGCAGCCUGAAAGAGGAGCAGGGCAUCGGCCAGAAAGACGGGGAGAGGCGGGGGAAGAAGAGGAAGAGGAAACAGAGCAAUCCCAACCCUCUGAGCUGCCUGAAGAAGAAGAAGAAGAAGGGCGUCCCGACGCCGCCUCUGAAGAAGACGGAGCCGGGUGAGAAGAGGAAGAGGAGUCGACACAGGAAACGGAGGGACACCACGUCCGUUCCUGUGGUUACAAACGCAUAGUAUGACAGGAAGACAGAGACUUCAGCAGUUUUGCUAUUUCAUAUAUAAUAUGUGAAGAUGUGAAAGGUGUUCAUCAUUAAUAUAAUCCCAAUUCAAAAUAAUUUUCCAGGUUAAUUUCCAUAGUUUCCAGGACUCAGGACUUGAGGCCAUGGAUUCGAAACUGUUCAGAAACAUACUAAUAUUUUUGAGCUUGAGAAGAUUUGUCUUGGCUUUUUAUACAAAAUCAAAAAAAAAAAAGCAGGUUUACAGGCACAUAGCUUAAAAUUUAAGAUGCACUCAGACAGGACAUGAUAAGACAGUUCAUGUGGAAGCGAUAUCAAAAAAUGAUGCAUUCAGCUGUCUGUUGCAGAAGCAUGAGGAAGAAGUGUGUUCACACACACUUAGUGGGCUGCUUGUCCUCACUGUACAUUAUGUUUUCUCCUGCGAUGAGUUUAGAGUCCAGACAACAGCGUUCAUAACAAAUAUGUCACCUCAGACUUCACUUGAUCAUCUUAUCAAGUCUUCUUGACAUUAAGGAUCAGUUAUAAAUACAUUUUUUUU